AUGGAGACCAACACUCUCCUUUCUAGACUUCCACUUGCCUUCUUUCUUCUCUUGCAUUUUUCUUGCUGCUUUUACAAUGCCAUUGGCAGCACCCCUCCAGUUUCAGCUGCCCAACAAAACGGCAGAUUAGCCCUGGAAAUCGUAAUAGGCGGCGGAAGUACUCCGCCUGGCUACCCUCCUGAAAAUGGAGACUGCCCUCCCCCUCCUCCUCCACCAUGUCCACCCCCUCCUCCUCCACCACGUCCACCAAAGAUGGUACCUCCGCAUCCACCACCCCGGCCACCAUCUCCCACGCCUCCAUUAUAUGUAAACCCUGAAAUAGAAAGGUCCGCCAGGAUUAUCCAAAGGUUCGGAAGAAAUAUACUUAAUGACCCUAAAGGGGUCGUCAAAACCUGGACAGGCAACAAGCUCUGCAUCGACAAAUCCAAGUACGUUGGCUUCAUUUGUUACAAAGGAGACUCAGAACCAAACAGUAAAUUCAGACUCGUGGGUGUCGAUUUCAACGGCAAUAACUUCAACACCAAACCCGGCAGAGGCCCACUUCUCGUACAGGGCUUCCUGGAAAAUCUCAAGGACACUGUGUUCUUCCACGCCAACUCCAACAAUUUCACCGGCGCCAUUCCUUACAAUAUCUCCAAGCUCCGUCAAUUCUACGAGCUCGACCUCAGUAACAACAAGCUCGUAGGAGCAUUUCCGAAACCAGUGCUUAGUGCCACCCUAUUAACAUUCUUGGACUUGCGGUUCAAUUUUCUCACCGGCCCAAUUCCUCCGCAAGUCUUCAAGCUAGACCUCGACGUUCUGUUCCUCAACAACAAUGGCUUCACUGGGAACAUUCCUGAAAACCUUGGCCAAACCCCUGUUCUUUUCCUUACCUUAGCAAACAAUAAACUCACUGGUCCCAUCCCCAAGAGCAUUGGCCAAACUGCCAUAAACCUCCUUGAAGUCCUGCUGCUCAACAAUCAGCUGUCGGGUUGUCUUCCGUACGAGAUCGGUUUCUUGAACAAGACCACGAUUUUCGAUGCCAGCAUAAACAAGUUGACAGGUCCAAUUCCAAACUCCUUCGGGUGCCUGGAAGAAAUGCAGAUCAUGAACUUCACAUUCAACCAGUUGUACGGGGCCGUGCCGGAAUCUCUGUGCGCCCUGGACGAUUUGAUGUCGGUGGACCUGAGGUUCAAUUACUUCACACAAGUUGGUGAAGAAUGCAGGGAGUUGAUCAAGAAAGGGAUUCUUGACAUGAGCAUGAAUUGCAUUUUAGACCUUCCGAAUCAGAGGAGUGCCAAAGAAUGUGCAGCUUUCUUCUCCGUUGGCCGGACUUGCCCGGAUCCCAGCUCGCUUAAUUAUGUGCCUUGCAAAAUUCAUCAUCGGUCGAACCGACAACAACAGACAUCUCAUCGUGUGAGGAAGAAAGCUAGGAGUCCAUCCAGAGCUUAUGAAGCUUUAAAGGGGAAGCACGACUAG